AGACUGGGAACUCCAAUUUCCGGAGGAAGAGUAAGAUUGCUGGUUCCAGGGCGCUGUGCUUCCCAGGAGCCGUGGGAACUGUGUUCCAACAGGGAGCCUCAGAGAUGCUUGGAGGCUUCCCUGCAGCUGGGGCAGAGAGAGACUGUUGCUGCCUGCACCCAGAUCUGCGUGAGGUGGGUCUGCAGGGAAGCCACACUUCAGGGACUCCUCUGUGCACUCCAGGGUGGGGCAAAUUCUGACGGUGCACAUGCCACUCUAAAUGUGCCAUGGCCAUGUCAAACCCGCUGAAAGGUCUCCUGGACACAGUUCUCUGCUCCCUGUGCCAGGAGUCUUUCAAGCAUCCGGUGCUUCUCAAGUGCGGGCACAACUUCUGCCGAGCCUGCAUCACCCGGUACUGCGAGGACUCCCAGAGCAGCAGCACCUCCUCCUGUGCCUGCCCACAGUGCGGAAAAGGCUUCCGGAAAGGCGAAUUCCAGCCCAACUGGCAGCUGAAGCACGUAGCAGAUGUGGCAAAAACUAUCCCAGACCCAGGAGGGCAGCGAGCCUGCAACGCACAUAACAGGGGUUUGAAACUCUUCUGUGAAGUGGAUCAAACCCUCAUCUGCCUGGUCUGCCGAGAGUCCCAGGACCACAAAGAACACGCCGUGGUGCCUAUCGAGGAAGCAGCACAGAACUAUAAGUGCCAAAUUCAGCACCGCUUAGCGAAUUUGGAGAAAGAGAAAAAAAAGAUCCUGUCAUAUAAAUCAAGUGGGAAAACUACAAGCCAGGAACUACUGAAACAGCUACAAAUUGACAGGCAGAAAAUUGCAUCCGUAUUUCAGCGACUGUGUGAGUUUCUGGAGGAGCAAGAGCAACUCCUGCUGGACCAGCUGGAAGAGCUGAAGAAGGAAAUUGAAAAGAGGCGGGAUGAGUAUGUGGCCAAACUCUCUGAGGAACUGUCCUCGUUCAGUUCCCUAAUCAGUGAGAUGGAGCAGAAGUUCCAGCAGCCAGCGAGUGAAUUCCUGCAGGACAUCAGCGGCACCUUGUGCAGGUGCGAGAGGAAGCCGUUUCAGAACCCUGCGGCCUUUUCUUCUGAUCUGAAAUGGAGACUCUGUGAAUCUUCUCAAAAAGCUGCAUCCCUGGAAGUCCUAAUGAAGAAAUUCAAAGACACGCUGGCGUCUAGACUGCUCUUCCACAAAGCCAACGUGACUCUGGAUCCAGACACGGCCCAUCCCUUGCUCGUCCUGUCGGAGGAUCGGCGACGUGUGAGGUGUGAACACAGACAGCAGCGAGUGCCCGACACCCCGGAGAGAUUCGACACUGAGCGCUGUGUGCUGGGCCGGGAGGGCUUCACCUCAGGCUGCCAUUACUGGGAGGUGGAGGUGGAGUUAGGGGAGGGGGUGGCCAGGGAGUCUGUGAGCAGGAAGGGAGGGGUUGGCUUUAGCCCUGAGCAGGGGGUCUGGGCUGUGCAGGGCCAAGGGGAUCGGUGCUGGGCUCUGACUGCCCCUGGGCAGCUCAUCGACUUGCCCGUGAAUGGGGCACCCCGCAGGGUCCGGGUGUAUCUGGACUAUGAAGGGGGGCGUGUGGCACUUUACGAUGCUGGUAGCGGGGAAUCGAUCUUCACGUUCCCGCCGGCCCCUUUCGCCGGGGAGAGAAUCCGCCCCUUCUUCCUCUGUGUGGGAUGCGUUGUGCUGGGUGGGAUGAAGGCUUUCCCUUUGCACUCACCCUGGCAGCUCUUCCUGUGCCCUAUUGAUCUCAGGAAAACGAAGGAGAAGCUGGUCGUGUCCCAGCUGGUCGAGUAUUCAAUCGUGGAGCAGCUGAGAACAGAAACCGUCUCCCAGAAGAACUUCAAACCGAACAGACAGCUGAGGAAUAUUGUAGAAGCCUCCAGACCCCUGACAAUGCAGCCAAAAAAAGAGCCAGAAGUGGUUCCCAUGGAUGAAGCUGCCGAGGCUUACCAGGACCAAAUUCAGAGCUCUAUGAAGAUUUUGAAGGAGGAAAGAGACAAGAUUCAGUCGUUUAAACUGAGCGGGGAAAAGAAAAUCGAAGAACUGCUGAAACAGCUAGAAACUGAGAAGGAGAAAAUUGUGUCUGAGUUUGAGCAACCGACCAAGUUUCUGAAGGAACAAGAGCAACUCCUGGUGGCCCCGCUGGAAGAGCUGAAGAAGGAAAUUGAAAAGAGGUGGGAUGAGUAUGUGGCCAAACUCUCUGAGGAGCUGUCUUCGUUCAAUUCUCUGAUCAGUGAGAUGGAGCAGAAGUGCCAGCAGCCAGCGAUAGAAUUCCUGCAGGAACAAGAACGGCUCCUGCUGGCCCGGCUGGAAGAGCUGAACAAGGAAAUUGAAAAGAGGCGGGAUGAGUAUUUGGCCAAAGUAUCUGAAGAACUGUCCUCGUUCAGUUCCCUGAUCAGUGAGAUGGAGCAGAAGUGCCAGCAGCCAGCGAUAGAAUUCCUGCAGGGCAUCAAAGGUGCCUUGCACAGGUGCGAGAUGGAAAAGUUUCAGAGCCCUGCGGAGUUUUUUUCUGAACUGAAAUGGAAGAUCUGGGAAACUUCCCAAAGAAAUGCAUCCCUGGACGUCAUCAUGGAAGGCCUCAUGAAAACAUUCAGAGACACGCUGGCAUCUGGGCAGCAGCUGAACAAAGCCGACGUGACUCUGGAUCCAGACACGGCCCAUCCCGAACUCGUCCUGUCGGAGGAUCGGCGACAUGUGAAAUGGGGACCCAAACUGCAGCAACUCCCCGUCACCCCGGAGAGAUUUGACACUGAGCGCUGUGUGCUGGGCCGGGAGGGGUUCACCUCGGGGAGACAUUACUGGGAGGUGGAGGCGGAGCCAUGGGGAGUCUGGGCUGUGGGGGUGGCCAGGGAGUCUGUGAGCAGGAAGGGAGGGGUUGGCUUUAGCCCUGAGCAGGGGGUCUGGGCUGUGCAGGGCCAAGGGGAUCGGUGCUGGGCUCUGACUGCCCCUGGGCAGCUCAUCGACUUGCCCGUGAAUGGGGCACCCCGCAGGGUCCGGGUGUAUCUGGACUAUGAAGGGGGGCGUGUGGCACUUUACGAUGCUGGUAGCGGGGAAUCGAUCUUCACGUUCCCGCCGGCCCCUUUCGCCGGGGAGAGAAUCCGCCCCUUCUUCCUGUGUGCGGGACACGGGGUUUCCCUUUGCACUCGCCCAGCCUAGCAGCUCUCCCUGUGCUCCUCAGAUGCCUCCUUUCCCCCCGCAAAAUAGGCUUCUCUCUCCCCCUCCCUCCUCAUCUCUCUGACCCUGCUGCGGCUCUCCCUUUAAAUGUAUUAAGAGCCGCCAGACCCUUAAUACAUUUAACAAGUAGGCGCUGCGAGAGGGACAGGGAGUGAACUGGGACAGCUGAUUCCUGGCUCCUCCUAGCCCUGCUGCGCUUCUGUCUUUUAAAUGUAUUAACAGCCUGUAGAUGCUUCUGGAGAUGCACCGAAUUAAAACCGAAAUGUCCAGCCUCCGUCACAUCAGAGUUGUUUUCCUGGGGUACAGCCUGUGUACAAACAUAGUCAUAUUUCUUCUACAUGUAACUCAUCCUUCUUAAUUUUGUAGACAUCUCCUUGAUUUGCAGCAAUCAGUUUCUUGAAUCUGAAUUCUCUCUCAAGCUGGUUCUUGUUCAAGGGGGAUUAAUGCAUGCUGUCGCUGCUGUGUGUUCAUGUUAUUAAAGUUGCCUGCAGUAGAAUUGUGGGUCUCAA